AUGAUGUUCCAAACCUCUGCCGUGCUGAUGGCCGCCCUCGCCGGGCCGGCCUCCGCAAGCUACGCUUUCUACGUCGGCAAGGACCUCACCGCCGACGGCAGCGUCAUGGUCGGCGGAACCGGCGAGGAGGUCUCCUCCCACUGGCUCCAGCUGUUUCCCGCCCGCGACCACGCCUCCAACGCGACGAUCACCGUCGGCGUCACGGACAAGGCCAGCAUCCCGGGCGAGCUCUUCACCAUCCCCCAGGUCAGCCACACCUACCGCUACCUGUCGAUGGAGUACUCCGACUUCGAGGGCUUCCCCGCGCCGCUCACCAACGGCGGCCUCAACGAGAACGGCGUCACCGUCCGCGACGUCUGGGCCCAGAACCGCGACGAGCUGGUCAACAUGACCCCGACGCCGCAGCACGGCAUCCAGUACAGCGACCUCGCGCGCAUCGUCAUGGAGCGCGCCAGGACCGCGCGCGAGGGCGUCGAGAUCAUCGGCGAGCUCAUGAACCAGUACGGCGAGGCGACCUACGGUGGCAACACCCACCUCAUCGCCGACAAGGACGAGGGCUGGGUCGUCUGGGAGAUGGCCGGCGGCCAGAAGCUGUGGGCCGCCGAGCGCCUCAAGACCGACGAGGUCCGCGUGCUGUACCCCGGCUACAUCGAGGACUUCCCGACCGACUUCGCCAACAGCUCCGAUUACAUGGGCUCCGACAACAUCGUCUCCUUCGCCGUCGAGCAGGGGUGGUGGAAUGCCAGCAGCGGCGAGCCGUUCAACAUCUUCAACGCCUAUGGCGAGAAGGGCGAGAACAUGACCGCCCGCGACGGCGGCUUCAAGUUCAUGUCCCAGGCCGCGCUCGAGAACGCCACCCUCGAGAUGGCCCCCGUCACCGAGGAGAAGCUCAUGGAGCGCGUCCGCGACAAGCGCAUCUCCGAUGACGAGGCCGGCUACGGGCAGAUCGUGUCCCUCAAGGACGGCAUCGACCGCGACCUGCUGCGCAUCUGGAACGCUCCCACCGGCUCCGUAGCCGCGCCCUUCGUCCCGUGGUGGCUCGGCGUCAGCAGCAUCCCCUCCGAGUUCGGCGAGCACCGCUACCUCACCACCGGCGCCUCUGGCAGCUUCCUGAACCCGGACUACCAGCUGCAGGAGGCGAGCGAGUUUGCCGGCCGCAUCUUCAAGCGCGUGCUGUACUACAUGUGCUCGCAGCCCGACACGUUCCACCCCAUCGUCACGCAGAUGCUCACGGGCUUCGAGAACCAGAGCCGCAGCGACAUUGAUUGGGUCGAGACGAGCGCCAAGCUGCUUAUCGAGAGCGGGGACCGCGAGACGGCGAGCUCGCUGCUGACGUACUACUCCCACAGCCGAGCGUCCAAGGCUCUUGAGCUCGGCAAGGCGAUGACGGCUGCUCUGGAUGGGUACAUCAAGCUCAGUGGCCAGUGGCGCAACCCGGUCGGUAGCGAGAUUAAUGAUGCUGGAGAGGGCGCCGAGACUGUGAACUGCUUGGUUGGGUAUGACCCCGACCAGCCCAUCUGGAAGCAGCCUGCGAACCCCAUGAGGAAGAAGAGGAGCCUGAGGAACCGCAUGUUUGUGCAAGGUCCUCGCUACUAG